AUGGAUUUAAAUGUUAGGAAGUUCACAGUUAGAAGAUUCUUCUCUGUAUAUUUACACAAGAAAUCCAGGACCAAGACUUCCAGCUUCAGCAGAUAUGAGGAUGAAGGCGUAUUGAAGGAAAUAGAUAUCAAUGACCAUGUGAAAGAAGGAUUUGAGAAAGCCGAUCCAUCACAAUUUGAGCUGUUAAAAGUUCUAGGACAAGGUUCAUAUGGGAAGGUAUUUCUUGUUCGAAAAGUAAAAGGGUCUGAUUCGGGGCAGCUUUACGCAAUGAAGGUAUUGAAGAAAGCUACACUAAAAGUUCGUGAUCGAGUUAGAUCUAAAAUGGAACGAGAUAUCUUGGCCGAGGUCAACCAUCCAUUUAUAGUCAAACUUCACUAUGCAUUUCAAACAGAAGGAAAGUUGUAUCUAAUACUAGACUUCCUACGAGGAGGAGAUCUCUUUAGCAGACUCUCAAAGGAGGUGAUGUUUACUGAGGAAGAUGUCAAAUUCUACCUAGCUGAACUGGCCUUGGCUUUAGACCAUCUGCAUACUCUUGGAAUUAUUUAUAGAGAUCUUAAACCUGAAAACAUUCUUUUAGAUGAAGAGGGUCACAUCAAGAUAACAGAUUUUGGGUUGAGCAAAGAAUCCAUUGAUCAUGAUAAAAGAGCCUAUUCUUUUUGUGGAACAAUAGAGUAUAUGGCACCUGAAGUAGUUAAUCGUAAAGGACACACGCAGAGUGCUGACUGGUGGUCUUUUGGUGUUCUAAUGUUUGAGAUGUUAACUGGAUCCCUACCUUUUCAAGGAAAAGACAGAAAGGAGACUAUGGCACUCAUUUUAAAAGCAAAACUUGGAAUGCCCCAGUUUUUAAGUUCUGAAGCACAAUGCCUUCUUCGUGCACUUUUCAAGAGGAAUCCUUGUAAUAGAUUAGGUGCUGGACUUGAUGGAGUUGAGGAAAUAAAACGGCAUAUGUUUUUUAUCACAAUAGAUUGGAAUAAGUUAUUCCGAAAGGAGAUCAAACCACCUUUUAAACCAGCAGUGGGAAGGCCAGAAGACACAUUUCACUUUGAUCCAGAGUUCACAUCACGCACUCCAACUGAUUCACCUGGUAUUCCUCCAAGUGCCAAUACUCACAGUCUUUUCAGAGGAUUUAGUUUUGUAGCAAAUAAUUUGGAAUAUCCACAGCAAGAUUUUCACAAUUCUUCAGUGCAUCCAAUUGUACAGCAAUUACAUGGGAAUAACAUUCAGUUCACUGACGGCUAUAUGAUCAAAGAAGACAUAGGUAUUGGCACAUAUUCUAUAUGUAAACGAUGUGUGCAUAAAGCAACCGAUAAUGAAUUUGCAGUCAAGAUAAUUGAGAAGAGCAAAAGAGAUCCCUCUGAAGAAAUAGAGAUUUUGCUGAGAUAUGGACAGCAUCCAAAUAUCAUUACAUUAAAGGAUGUCUAUGAUGAUGGAAAAUAUGUCUACUUGGUGAUGGAACUGAUGAGAGGUGGUGAACUCUUAGACAGAAUUCUUCAUCAGAAGUGUUUCUCAGAAAGAGAAGCUAGUUCUGUGCUUUGUGUCAUAACCAAGACUAUGGACUACCUACAUGCCCAAGGAGUUGUUCAUCGAGAUUUAAAGCCAAGUAACAUAUUGUACAUGGAUGAAUCUGGAAAUCCAGACUCAAUAAGAAUAUGUGAUUUUGGAUUUGCCAAACAAUUAAGAGCUGAAAAUGGCUUGCUCAUGACUCCUUGCUAUACUGCAAACUUUGUGGCUCCUGAGGUAUUAAAGCGUCAAGGAUAUGAUGCUGCUUGUGAUAUUUGGAGUUUAGGAAUUCUUCUUUACACAAUGCUGGCAGGCUUUACUCCAUUUGCAAAUGGACCAGAGGACACUCCAGAAGAGAUUUUGGCAAGGAUAGGUAGUGGAAAAUAUGCACUUUCUGGAGGAAACUGGGAUUUAAUAUCUGAUGCUGCCAAGGACAUUGUUUCUACAAUGCUUCAUGUAGACCCACGUCAGCGUCUGACUGCUGCUCAAGUACUGCAUCACCCUUGGAUUGUAAACAGAGAAUAUCUGUCGCAAAAUCAGCUCAGCAGACAUGAUUUCCACCUGGUUAAGGCUGCUAUGGAGGCCACAUACUUUGCUUUAAACCACAGACCUCAUGCACCAAAGCUGGAACCUGUCAACUCCUCCAGUCUUGCUAAGCGUAGAGGCUUGAAGAGAGUUACUUCGACCAGGUUAUAGUGGUAUCAGAAUAUUAGGACGUCAAUAACAGCUAAAACUGAAGAUCCAUGCGCAAAAAUAUUUUUUUUCUUGAUAAGAAUGUUAUUAAUCACUAAUAUGUUCUGAGAUCCAUGGCGUUUCACAGCUGUGAGCAACUCAUAACUGUAACUA